CUCUUCGAGGUUUCAGACCAGAAGCCACUAGGUUGUUGGUCCGUUAAACAUGGACAAAUGAUCACGUGUCCCGUUGUGUGCAACUUUGAAACUCAUGAAUAUAUUGCUGUUCAUGACGACAAGGUUUUAAGAAUAUGGAGGGAUGAAGAUGUUAACUUAGACAAAGUAUUUAAAGCAACACUUUCAGCUGAUGUAUACAGGAUACAUUCUCUACCCCAUGGGGAGCCAUUGGUACUAUUCAAAGGAGGUGGCGUUCGAACUUUAGAUGUCCUUCUGGAAGCUCCACAACAAGAAAUUGAAAACUUUAUCUCAGAUGAAGUAAUUAAGUGGAGUGAAGCUUUUCUGGAAGGAGAAGAACCUAUCUUAAUUUUUGCUACUGAGAAAGAUGGGCAUUAUUUUAUCUACAUACAGAAAUUUAAGCUGAAUAUUCUACACAAAUAUAAGCUUGAACAACAGGAAUCAUUUAAUCCACUGAGUUUUACAGCAUAUAUAAAAAAUCAGAUCAUCACACUUCUAUGUUUGUUUUCCAAUGACUCAAUCUAUAAAGUUCUGAUACCUCUGCAGCAGCAUGGUGAAGAGGAAGAGCAAAUUUUGUCAAAGUCACUAUUGCUCAAACUUUCAGUAUCCGGGAGUGUUUUAAAGGGAACUUCCUUUGCUGUUCUCGAUAAAGACCAUGUUGCAGUAUUAGGAAGUCUAACAGCAGUUGGUGAAGAAUCUAAAGAGUGCCUAACAAUAUGGAAUACUAAAUUUCAAACACUGCAGACUUCAAAAGAACUGCCCCUGGGAACCAGUGGACAACUGUGGUGUUAUGGGGAAAAAUUUUUUUGUACUCAUGGAAAAGUGCUAACAGUGAUUAUAUACAAGUGUGAAACUUCAUCCUUGGCAGCUGCUGUGGGAAAGCUCAAAGACAGUCAAACCUCUGAUGUGUCAUAUUUAAACUGGAAUAACCUUAGUGAUGAAGAGCUGGUGGUUUCGCUUCAGUCACAGCAAUCUGUAACUCUAAAAUCUGAAUCCAAAAUGACUCUAAGAUCAAGGAGGAGUAGUAUUGCUAAAGUCCCACCAGAUACAUUAACAGUUGGGCAGCUACUAUUAGAUAUAAAAGAUUCUUCUUCAGCUGCAGUUGAAGAGGAAUUGAAACAAUUGCUGUCGAAAGCACAGAUGCCAGAUGUCCAAGCUACCAUUGGAUGUAUAAUACCUGCUCUUAUAAACAGAUGUAAAACAGAUCCAAUGUUCUACCCUCAAAACUUCCUGGUACAGUUGAUACAAAAACGAGAGCUUUCUUACAGCUUAUGCCCGGACUUAAUGGCUGUUGCUUUGGAGAGAAAAGAUAUGCAUCUCUUACAAAUCUGCCUACAAUGCUUCCCAGAUAUUCCUGAAGAAAUGACUUAUGCUUGCUUGAAAUUAUUUUUAAGCAUUAGUGAUGACUAUCUUGAAAGAUCAGAUGUGAAUAUGGACUCUGUAAUCUGUUAUAUUGAUAUUGAAUCCAACAAUAAAGGAGUUAAGAAUGAAAUAGUAGAGAAUGGUUUCAAUACUGAACUGGAAGAGGACAGCCGUGAUACUACAUUGACAAAGGAAACCCUUUUGAAGAAUGAUGGUGAAUUCUGCCCUGUUGGACCACAAAAGGCUGCAUUAUUAAAUGCUGUUCUGCGUUCAGCUUACAGCGAAACAUUUCUUCUGCCUCAUCUGAAAGACCUUCCAGCUCAGCAAGCUGUGCUCUUUCUCAGGUAUUUGUAUUACCUGUAUGUGAAAAGCAGUGAAAAAAUUAAUACCACUCUUCCUGGUGUGCUUUCUCCAACUAUAAAUCAGAUCAUGGAUUGGAUGUGCCUGUUACUUGAUGCUCACUUUACAGUUAUGGUAAUGCUACCAGAAGCAAAAGGACUUCUUUCCAGCCUGCAUAAGUUUGUGAGAGCCCAAGUACGCUUCUACUCUGAACUCAACAAGAUUGAAGGAAGUUUGCAAGAGUUGCAAAGACUUAAACACCAGAAAGACUCUCAGGCAUAUUCUAUUGAAGUGCUGGAACUUAUUUGAAUUUGAAAUGAAUUAUUAACAUUUUUUAUUGAUUCCUUUUAUGACAAGGAUGUAUUAGCACUCCAUAUUGGGGAUG